AGCAGGGUCCUUCGUUUAGCGCCAGUUUAGAUUUUCUCCCCCUCGCUCAGACUGCAGCAUGUAAAGACUACAAGAUUAAUAUCUCGAUAUUUAUCAAAUAUAACCCAUGACUUGUACAUAACUACGCGCAGUAAUAAUUAUUGGGGAAGAAACAACACAUUGGCAGGUUGGAAGUAGUUGAAAAAUCCGUCAAAGUUGCAUUAGAGCUAGCAAAGGACACAAAGCUGUAACGUUACCGUUAGCUCUAAAACCAGAGGUCACCAGUUCAUCUAAAAUCAGCACCAACAUUCGCAUCUCUAAAAUGGAAAGUGAGGAUGAUCUGGACAUUCUGACGGCGCUGCUGGCUGAGAGCGAGGGAGUCGGAGAAGAGCAGGGCGGUCAGGAGCAGGCAGACGACUUGGAUGGCCUGUUUGACGCCGACAAUGACGAGGAAGAAGAGUACAAAGAGGGCGUCGAGGAGGAAGGGCGAGAUGUGUCGGAUCUCUUCGGAGAUGUUGGAGACAUUGAAAAUGAAGAGAAAGACACUAAAAGAAAAGAAAGUGAUGGAGAAGCCUGUGAGAGCCUGGACAGGUCCAAGGAGGAUUUACAAGACGAGCUGAGGCGCAUGCAGGAGCAGAUGCAGCGGUUGCAGCAGCAGCUGGAAGCAAGCCAGAAGGUUUCCACCUCAUCUUCCACUCCGGUCAAGGCUGCAGGGAGCACGGCUCGUCCUAAACCAAUGACUCCCAAACCGAAGCCGACCGCCAAACUGGCCCAGGCCAAACCAGCCUCUACGACACCGAAGACCAAGGCACAAUCAGCAGCAACAUCUUCACCCGCUCCAGUCAGAGGAGGAGGUCUGAAGCUCCAGGAGUCCUCUGACUUUUUUGAUCAGCUGAACAAUGCUGACUCCUUCAAACGUAAACCCAGGCUAGCUCACCAUCCCAAACCAAGCACAUCGCCAGAAGACAGAGGGCCGCUGGUGGAGAUAAAGAUUGGCAGCUCCUUCCAGCCAGUAGAGAGCACCAGCCAAGUUUUCAAUCCCGUGCGUUCACCUCCAGCCUCUCAGAGCAAACCUGCAUCGGUUGCAUCAGCAGGACAGCCCAAACCUUCUUCUCUUCCUCCCCUUCCUAAAGAUGUGGGGGUUGAGAAAUACUCAGGACUGCGGCUCAGAAAACCGCGCGUUUCCUCCAGCGAGAUGGACCGCAAGAUGGCCGACCGCCGCCUAAUCCGUCUGUCCCAGGUACCGGAGCGCUUGGCUCGGGAGAAGCUGGAGGAUAGCGACUGGGUGACCUUCGCUGUGCUGGUCAACAAAGUCACACAACAAAGCAGCAGCAGUGGCAAAACCUUCAGCAUCUGGAAACUGAACGACCUCCAUAACCUAGAAGUGUUUGUGUCUCUGCUCCUGUUCGGCGAAGUUCAUAAAGAGCACUGGAAGACGGAGCCGGGCACCGUCAUCGGACUCCUCAACCCAAACCCCAUGAAACAGAAAGAAGGAUAUGACGGGGUGAGCCUGACGGUGGACAACCCCCAGAAGGUGUUGCUGAUGGGCGAAGCUCAGGACUACAGCAACUGCAAGGGCAUGAAGAAGAACGGAGACCCCUGCUCUCAGAUCGUCAACAUGUACGAGUGCCAGUACUGCCAGUAUCACGUCAAGGCCCAGUAUAAGCAGAUGAGCUCGAAGAGGUCCGAGCUGCAGUCGGCUUUUUCAGGAAAAGCUCCCAACAGGUUGAAGGGGAAGGGCGGCAGCCUGAAGGAGCGGCUGUGUCAGGACGGCUUCCACUACGGCGGUGUGUCCUCAGCCGCCUGCGCCGCCUCACUAACGGCGUCCAAACCGAACAAACCCAGCCAGACGACUCUGAGCAAGCUGUUUGUGAAAGGCUCGGCUCAGCUCGCGGAUCAAGCCAAGAGGCUGGCCCUGAAGUCUGGUGAAGUUUCAGGUUGUACGAAUGAAUUUAAGAGCCUGCUGUCAGCGCCGACCCCCGGAGCUCUGCAGCUGAAGAAGCACUUGGCACAGGGCAGCCAAUCAGUCUCCAAAGAUGCAGGGGGAGCUCCCGUUCAGUCCAUCUCAGCCUCAGACCUGCUGAAGCAGCAGAAACAGAAGCAGCGGGAGUUUCUGCAGAACCGGCGGCGGCGGGCAGACGAGCUCCAGAAGAGGGUGCUGCAUAGCUCAGUGGGGCCCAGACCCGGGUCUACGUCCUCACUGGGCCGAGAUGGUCUGAUGUCCCCGAAAGCAGCUUCUGAGGUCCCCAAGGCCACCCAAAGCCCCGCAGCUCCCCGCGCUCCCACCCUGGGCCGAGGCUUCUCUGAGGGGGAAGACAUCCUCUUCUUCGAGAACAGCCCGCCUCCGGUGCCAGCCCCCAGCUCUCUCAGCCUAUCAGCCGCCAAGCUGGCUGCUCUGAAGAAGCUGAGAAACAAAGGGGCGGGGCUUGAAAAGGAAGACCCCAAUGCAGUGAAGAGGAAGAGGAGUAACGGCAGUGAGGUCAGCGCCCGAGUGGAGAAGAAUCUGACCUCACCCAAUGGUGAAGCGUCCAGUAAUGAGGAAGAGGAGCCAGCCCUGAAGAAGAAGCGAGAGCAGCUCCUCUACAUCCAGUCGGAGGAAUUUCAAAAGAUCCUCAACGCCAAAUCUCGCCACGGAGCUGCACUACAGGCGGCGGAGUACCAACUGCAGGAGAAGUACUUUGAUCCACUGGUGAAGAAGGAGCAGAUGGAGGAGAAGAUGAAGGGCAUCAGAGAGAUGAAGUGUCGUGCUGUAUCCUGUAAAAAGUGUGGUUACACCUACUUCAAGCCGGCGGAUCGUUGUGUGGAGGAGAAUCAUGACCUGCGGUGGCACGAUGCCCUGAAACGUUUCUUCAAAUGCCCCUGUGGACAGAGAGCCAUCGCUCUGGACAGACUGCCAAACAAACACUGCAGUAACUGUGGUCUGUUUAAAUGGGAGCGUGAUGGGAUGCUGAAGGAGAAAAAGGGACCAAAGAUUGCCGGAGAGCUCCUGCAGCCUCGAGGAGAGGAGCACGGCAAGUUUCUCAACAGCAUGAAGUGAACGCACCAGGAUUUUUUUUUUAUAUAAUUUUUGUAAUUUAAGUGUCUUUGUAGCAUUUUUACAUUUGUAUGAAUUAUGUUUUUAAAGUUUGAUGUUGUGUAAUUGAUUAUGGAGAUUUGAAAGUCUUUGAUUAUAUUGGAUAUGGAAACGGGAUGAUUAAAGCAAUAAUUUACAACAUUUUA